AUGACGUAUGAUGGGCAAGAAGGAGAGUUAGUACCAGUGAUAAAUGACAGAACCGCAGAAGGUAACCUCAGCAAGAAAAAAAAGAUGAAAGUAUUCAUUUUCUUCAUGAUUUCAAUAACAAUGGCCACCAUGGCUGUUUUCCUUGCUUUUGUUCCAGAGGGCAGAAACAAGUUAUUCAGAGAAACAAAAGAAAAUGAAGUUAAAAGGACUGCACAGGAAACAGAAGAAGAAACAAACAAAGGCAAAGAGAGUCUUCUCCAAAGACAGGAAACAAAGGCUCCCAGCUACUUUCUGGCUUUUCCCAAAUAUCUAGAAGAAGAGACUCGGGCUAUCUCUCAAGCAGCUGAAAAAAUGGAAGCUUCAAUACAAGACCUGAAAGAAAAACUUCACUCAAAGUAUAAACGUUCACUGCCACCAAAUGGCCUAUUGUCCACUGAUGUUCUCAUGAUGCUUUCUAAUGUGUCUGGAUGCCUUCAUUAUAUGCUACCACCAAAAUGUGUAGAGAACUGCAUGACUAGUAAAUAUAGACAUAUCACUGGAGCUUGCAAUAACAGGGACCAUCCCAGAUGGGGAGCUUCUAACACAGCUCUGGCUAGAUGGCUUCCUCCAGUUUAUGAAGAUGGACUAAGUCAACCAAAAGGAUGGAAUCCUGGUUUCUUACAUAAUGGAUUCCCAUUGCCUCCGGUACGUGAAGUUACUAGAACAAUUAUUGAGGUCUCUAAUGAGGCUGUCACUGAAGACGAACAAUAUUCUGAUAUGAUCACUGUCUGGGGACAAUACAUAGAUCAUGAUCUUGCCUUCACACCACAGAGUAUAAACCGACUUCCAAUCCUAGGAGAAGCGGACUGCAGUAUGACAUGUGAAAACAGAAACCCAUGUUUUCCAAUACAGGUUUUUGCCAACGACACACUCUCCGUAAUGGACUGCUUGCCUUUCUACCGUUCAUCCCCUGCAUGCACCACCGGUCUUCAGGGCGUCCUGAUAGGAAAUCUUUCUAUCUUAAAUCCUAGACAACAGAUUAAUGGUCUAACCUCCUUCAUUGAUGCGUCUACUGUUUAUGGCAGCACAACAACAGCAGAGAACAAACUGAGGAAUCUGACUGGCAAUGAAGGUCUCCUCAAAAUAAAUGUGAAAUACUUUGACAAUGGUCGUGAAUAUCUUCCCUUUGUCAACCAAGUCCCUUCAGCUUGUGUUCAGGACCCCAAAACAGACAAUGGAGAAAGGAUUGAAUGCUUUAUGGCAGGAGACACCAGGUCUAGCGAAGUCAUUUCCUUGACAGCUGUACAUACACUUUGGUUGCGAGAACACAAUCGCCUUGCUAAAGAACUGAAGAAGUGGAACAUGCAUUGGAGUCCUGAAAUCAUCUAUCAAGAGGCUCGCAAAAUUGUGGGGGCUCUCCAUCAGAUUAUUACCAUGAAGGAAUAUGUCCCCAAAAUCAUUGGCCCAGAAGCUUUCAAUCAAUACAUUGGUCCUUAUAAAGGCUAUGAUUCCAAUAUUGAUCCUACAGUUUCCAAUGUAUUUUCAACAGCAGCUUUUCGCUUUGCUCAUGCUGCAAUUCAUCCAACAAUAAAGCGGCUUAAUGCACAUUACCAGCAUGACCCAAGUCUGCCUAAUCUUAAUUUGCAUGAAGUUUUUUUCACACCCUGGAGGCUCAUUAAUGAAGGUGGUCUGGACCCCAUUCUAAGAGGAACUCUGGCAACUGCUGCAAAACUGCCACUGCAAGAUCAACUGGUGAAUGAGGAAUUAACAAAGAAGCUCUUUGUGUUGUCCAAUAAUGGUUCAUUGGAUUUGGCAUCAUUAGAUUUACAACGGGGACGUGAUCAUGGGCUGCCAGGUUUCAAUGACUGGCGAAACUUUUGUGAUUUGCCAAUGCUAAAGACAGAAAGUGAUCUGACAGAAGCAAUACAAAACAAAAAGGUUGUCCAAAAUAUUCUGGAACUGUAUGGCAGCCCUGAUAACAUUGAUGUCUGGCUUGGGGGUAUAUUGGAAAACUUUCUUCCAGAUGCCAGAACAGGUCCGUUAUUUGCAUGUAUAAUUGGAAAACAAAUGAAAGCACUGAGAGAUGGUGAUCGAUUUUGGUGGGAAAAUGAUGAUGUCUUUACUGAAGCUCAAAGAUGUGAACUCAGAAAAUAUUCUUUAUCCAGACUAAUCUGUGAUAACACAGGCAUUACUGAAAUACCUCAUGAUGUCUUCAAGCCUGGAAAAUAUCCUAAAGAUUUUGAGCCUUGUGAAAAUAUACCCAGUAUUAAUUUAGAAGCCUGGCAGGAAACCCCACAAGCAGAGCUGCCUUGUGGUUUCCCAAAAGGCAUAGAAGAUGGUGGCUUUGUUUAUUGCUCCAAAGCAGAAAAAUCCAUAGUUACCUAUUCAUGCGACCAAGGAUACAUGCUACUAGGAGAAGAACAAUUGUUUUGUACCAAAGAAACAUGGAAUUCAAAACCACCCAUUUGCCAAGAUAUUAAUGAAUGUGAAAACAAAGAUAAUUCACCAUGUCAUUCCUCUGCUAAAUGUGUAAACCUUAAGGGAACUUUCCAGUGUCUUUGUACAGAUCCCUAUGAACUAGUAGAAGAUAGGAAAAGUUGUACAGAUUCUGGAAAACUUUCCAAAGGCUCUCUGGUCUCCAUCAUUUUGGGUGUCAUUCUCGUCAGUUUUUUGGCAUUGUUAAGCUGGCUUGUGAUCUGCUGGUGGUAA